AUGGCGACAUCCCCGCGUGAACCGGUGACGCUAUCCCGCCCGAUGACCUGGAAUUUCGAUAUCGAUCGGUAUCUGAAUCCGUUUGUGCCGGCGCCACGAUGGCAUCUCGUGCCAAGACCUGUUGCAUAUAUGCUGGGAUAUCGGGAUAGACCACCCAAGCCAGUGGGCAAUAUCGUGGUCGCCUUGUGGGCAUCGAUUGGAGCGUUUUGCGGGGUGGCUUUGGUGGCAUCUGUUUCGAAACGGGUUCCUUCUUUCAAAGCGCACGAUGCGACAACGAUUCUUGGCAGUUUUGGUGCAGCGGCGGUUAUUGAAUUCGGUACGAUUAACUCGCCCUUGGCGCAACCACGCAAUGCAAUCCUGAGCCAGGUGAUCGCUUGUUUCUUCGGGGUCGGGAUAUCAAAGUUGUUCGCCUUGGACCCGCGUGCUGAGGCGUAUACCGAGCUUGGGGGCGCUCUUGCUUGCGCUCUUACCACGGCUGCCAUGCUCCUCACCAAUACUAUGCACCCGCCGGCGGGUGCGACUGCUCUUCUGGCAGUGACGCAGUCUCAGACUAUUGCUCUGGGCUGGUUUCUGUUCCCGGUUGUGUUGCUCGGAGUCGCGCUUAUGCAGGCUGCGGCCGUGGUCAUUAACAAUGUGCAGCGUCAAUAUCCGCUGUACUGGUGGACGUCAUAUCCUCUCUCGCCUCGGGGGGAUGUGGAAAAGGCUAGUCAAAAGGAAAGACUCGAGACACCUAGUGAAGAUAGUCUGACGGGUGUUCCUCGGCGAUUGGUAGUAGAACAGAGUGAAGUUUCGGUGCCUGAUGGGAUAUUGCUCUCUGCCGAGGAGGAGGAAGUGUUGGAGAGGAUCCGUAGAAGGCUUUGA